GCCGGCCCAGGGGGAGGGACGCCCGCCCCGGCCGCUGCGCCCCGCGCCCGCCCGCCCCCGGUUCCUCCGCGCGGCGCCCCUGGCUGGCCGGACCCCUCCGGGCCCUUCCCCUCCGGCCGCCGGACUCUGCCCCGGGGGAAUGGUCUGCGGGCCGCGCUGUGGGAGACAGGAAGUGAGGCAUGCGCGCCCCAUGAGCGCGCCGCGGCGCGGGCGGGCGAGCGGCGGCGGCGGCCGCGCGGCGGGGCCCCGGGAGGCCGGCCGCUGACGGGCGCGCGGCCCCGAGGAUGCGGGAGCGGGAGCAGCCCUGGCGUGGAUGCCCCCUUCCCUUGGCCUUGGGAGACACCGUUGUUUUUUAAUGGCGGCAGCGGCCGCCGGGUGAGCGAUCGACGUCGGUCCGUCGGGUCGGGAGAGGAGCGCGUGCUCCGGGCGUCCCCGCCGCUGGAUUGCUGGGGUGCUUCUCCUUGCCGACUGCUGCCCCCGUGACGGGAGAAGAUGCCACUGCCGUUUGGGUUGAAGCUGAAACGCACGCGGCGCUACACGGUCUCCAGCAAGAGCUGCCUGGUGGCCCGCAUCCAGCUGCUCAACAGCGAGUUCGUGGAGUUCACGCUGUCCGUGGAGAGCACGGGCCAGGAGAGCCUGGAAGCCGUGGCCCAGAGGCUGGAGCUGCGGGAGGUCACUUACUUCAGCCUCUGGUACUACAACAAGCAGAAUCAGCGCCGGUGGGUGGAUUUGGAGAAACCCCUGAAGAAGCAGCUGGACAAAUACGCACUGGAACCUACCGUGUACUUCGGAGUGGUGUUUUAUGUGCCUUCUGUCUCCCAGCUGCAGCAGGAGAUUACCAGGUAUCAGUAUUAUCUGCAACUGAAGAAAGAUAUCUUGGAAGGAAACAUUCCUUGUACGUUAGAACAAGCUAUUCAGCUGGCAGGCUUAGCUGUUCAAGCUGAUUUUGGUGACUUUGAUCAGUAUGAAUCCCAGGACUUCCUUCAGAAAUUUGCCUUGUUUCCUGUGGCAUGGUUACAAGAUGAGAAAGUCCUGGAAGAAGCUACCCAGAAGGUGGCCUUACUACAUCAGAAAUACAGGGGCCUCACAGCUCCCGAUGCUGAGAUGCUGUACAUGCAGGAGGUAGAGAGAAUGGACGGCUACGGGGAAGAGAGCUACCCUGCCAAGGAUAGCCAAGGAAGUGAUAUAUCCAUCGGAGCAUGCCUUGAGGGAAUCUUCGUGAAACACAAGAAUGGAAGACCUCCGGUGAUAUUCAGGUGGCAUGACAUUGCUAACAUGUCCCACAACAAGUCCUUUUUUGCCUUAGAGCUGGCAAACAAAGAGGAGACCAUCCAGUUUCAAACUGAAGACAUGGAAACUGCAAAGUAUGUAUGGAGGCUGUGCGUCGCGAGACACAAAUUUUACCGACUAAACCAGUGUAACCUGCAAACUCAGCCCGUCGCGGUGAACCCCAUCAGGAGAAGGUCCUCCUCCAGGAUGUCUCUGCCUAAACCCCCCCAGCCUUAUGUGAUGCCUCCCCCGCCCCAGCUGCAUUAUAACGGACAUUACACAGAGCCAUAUGCUUCUUCCCAAGAUAACCUCUUUGUACCCAGCCAGAAUGGAUAUUACUGUCACUCUCAGACAAGCUUGGAUAGAGCCCAGAUUGACCUCAACGGCCGAAUCCGAAACGGCAGUGUCUACAGCGCACACAGCACUAACUCCUUAAAUAACCCUCAGCCCUUCCUGCAGCCCUCCCCAAUGUCCUCCAACCCCAGCAUCACGGGGAGCGACGUCAUGCGACCCGACUACGUCCCGUCCCAUCGCCACAGCGCCCUGAUACCCCCCUCGUACCGGCCGACCCCAGACUACGAGACUGUGAUGAAGCAGCUCAACAGGGGCAUGGUGCACGCGGAGAGGCAGAGCCACUCGCUGAGAAACCUCAGCAUCGGCAACUCCUAUGCAUACAGCAGGCCCGACGCCCUGGUCUACAGCCAGCCCGAGAUCCGGGAUCAUGCACACUUCGCCUCUCCACAGUCGGCCCACUAUCCCUUCAACCUGAAUUACAGCUUCCACAGCCAGUCUCCUUAUCCCUACCCUGCUGAGCGGCGGCCGGUGGUGGGGGCGGUCAGUGUGCCUGAGCUGACCAACGUGCAGCUGCAGGCUCAGGAGUACCCGGCUGCAAACAUCAUGAGGACCCAAGUGUACCGGCCACCCCCACCGUACCCGUACCCGAGGCCCGCCAACAGCACCCCAGACCUGUCCCGUCACCUCUACAUCAGCAGCAGCAACCCGGAUCUCAUCACCAGGCGCGUCCACCACUCGGUCCAGACGUUCCAAGAGGACAGCCUGCCGGUGGCUCACUCUCUGCAGGAAGUCAGCGAGCCGCUCACGGCAGCCCGGCACGCCCAGCUGCAGAAGAGGAACAGCAUCGAGAUCGCAGGGCUGAGCCACGGCUUCGAGGGCCUGAGGCUCAAGGAGAGGACCAUGUCAGCGUCGGCCGCAGAUGUGGCCCCGCGGGCCAUCUCUUCCCAGCCCAGUGUCUUCACUGAGAGGACGAAACAAGAAGAGCCCGAGGAGCGGGAGAGCCUGAGAUAUGGCCAUCAGAAGUCUCUCUCGGAUGCCACCAUGCUGAUACACAGCAGUGAGGAAGAGGAGGACUUUGAAGAAGAAAGCAAGGCCCAGGCCAGCCUCCCCGCAGGUGCCCAGGAGCCCCGGCAGCAGGGCGGUUACUCCCAGGAGCCACCUCUGAGCUGUGCCUAUGCCUCCGUCGGGCCUGUCGCAGGCCCGCUGCACAUCCUCGAGCCCAAGUCCCACAUCGCAGAGACUGAGCAGAGGGUCAGGGACAUCAGCCCUGUCCACCCGAGCGUUGACGCCCGGCGGCCCAGAAGAGAUGGGCUGCUGACGCCCUCCAUGUCCGAGUCUGACCUCACGACGUCGGGGAGAUACCGAGCCAGGAGGGAUUCUCUGAAGAAAAGGCCGGUGUCGGACCUCCUGUCUGGAAAGAAGAACACCGUGGAAGGCCUCCCGCCACUCGGGGGAAUGAAAAAGACUCGAGGAGAUGCCAAAAAAAUUGGUCCUCUUAAGUUGGCAGCCCUGAAUGGACUUUCUCUUUCCCGGCUGCCUCUGCCUGAUGAAGGGAAGGAAAUGCCUUCCCGAGCAACCAACGAUGAAAGGUGUAAAAUCCUGGAACAACGGUUAGAACAGGGAAUGGUAUUCACAGAGUAUGAAAGAAUUCUUAAAAAACGACUAGUUGAUGGAGAAUGCUCCAUAGCGCGGCUCCCUGAAAAUGCAGAAAGAAACCGAUUCCAAGACGUCCUUCCCUACGACGAUGCCAGAGUAGAGCUGGUCCCGACUAAAGAAAACAAUACUGGCUACAUCAACGCAUCGCAUAUUAAGGUUUCUGUCAGUGGAAUUGAAUGGGAUUAUAUUGCCACACAGGGACCGUUACAGAAUACCUGUCAGGAUUUUUGGCAGAUGGUAUGGGAACAGGGCAUUGCAAUUAUAGCAAUGGUGACGGCAGAAGAGGAAGGGGGAAGGGAGAAGAGCUUCAGGUAUUGGCCACGACUGGGUUCCAGGCACAACACUGUCACCUAUGGGAGGUUUAAGAUCACGACCCGCUUCCGCACAGACUCCGGCUGCUACGCCACCACGGGCUUGAAGAUGAAGCACCUGCUCACGGGGCAGGAGAGGACAGUUUGGCACCUGCAGUACACAGACUGGCCUGAGCACGGCUGUCCAGAAGACCUCAAGGGAUUUCUCUCAUACCUUGAAGAGAUCCAGUCUGUUCGACGCCAUACAAAUAGCACAAGUGAACCCAAAAGCCCCAACCCCCCAUUGUUGGUGCACUGCAGUGCUGGAGUGGGGAGGACCGGCGUCGUCAUUUUGUCCGAGAUCAUGAUUGCCUGUCUGGAACACAAUGAGGUGGUGGACAUCCCGAGAGUCCUGGACAUGCUAAGGCAACAGAGAAUGAUGCUGGUGCAGACCCUCUGUCAGUACACGUUCGUGUACAGAGUUCUCAUUCAGUUCCUGAAAAGCUCCAGGCUCAUCUAAGCUCCCACAACUUUUUACAGGGACCCAGUCACGUGAGGCGUUUACAGCUUUAAAGUAAAAGUGCUUGCCUAAUUCAUCCUUUCUCCUCGACACCUGAUCCACACAGCAGUGCACGGGACCUGCGUGAUGCGUACGAAUGGCAGCACGCUGAGCGACACGCAGAGCGCCAGGCUGAAGAGGGGACUGCAGCCCUGGGACGGUGCUGAAGGAGGGCGUGGGCCGAGGGCACUGCCCUGCCCCCGUCUGUCUGAUUUGCAGUACUUGCACACAUUUUGGAGAUUGUGUUUUCUAGACAAUUCUCUAUUUUACUGAAGCUAAGCUGGGCAAUUCUGGCAAUCAUUAAAGUGCAUAGAUUUCUAUCUUUAACUACUUUUUGAUAAUGGAGUUUUAUUUUGUGACUAAAGUAUUUAGGAGUUUUCUUAGAAACUGAAUUUUCUGUGGUGAAAAUCUGCGGAUAAGAGUGGUUCCUGUAUAACUUUGUAUUUAAAACCAUGUUAUUGUCUUUUGUUAUUUUUUUAAAAAAAGCCUUGGGUACUUUGUGGUUUAGUUACCAAACCCAAAACUAUAAGGAGACUAAAAGUGUUAUUUUGAAACACAGAAAGCAUUUUUAUACUCAGAAAAUUUUUUAUCCUAAAACUUCUAUAUAUUUGUAAUUUCUGUAUUUUCCAAACGAGAACUCAACUCAAUAAGACUGAAAUGAGUUGGUUAAUGUAAAGGAAGAUUGGGACUGAAGGCACAUUAUUUAAAAUGUAAUAGAAUAAUCAGGUUUAUUAUUUUUCAGUAUUAUUGUAAACCUAAGUGAGUUUGAUUUUAUUGGUUGCAAAUGAAGUGAAAAACAAUUGCAUAGGAUGGCUUUAAGCACUUUUUUGUUCAAAACAAAAAAAAUACGAGUUUUACUAUGUGUUGCUUUAUAGAUGAGACAGUGACAAUGGAUGUUGUUUCAAAAGUGUUUCUGAAGAGGAGGAUUAAGAGCAUGUAAGAUGACGAGGACAAGAGUAAGUGGAGUGUGAGGUCAAUGCAGGAUGCCUUUGUCUUUACACACACAGUAUUAUCCAUACUCAGACUAAGACUGGGGAUGCAGAGUGGGGCUGAGGCACAUGGGGCUGACUCCACAGAGCUCUCCCCGGGCGUUCAAGGCCCAUCCCUGAAUUUGUUUCUUCGGAGUUUUUCCACCUAAACCUGUACUCCUUAUGAAUAAAUUUAGGUUUACAUUAUCUUUAAAAGAAGCCUUGAAGAGCCUUUAUUUACUUUUGAGUGAAAGAAAGGAACAGUUAAUUUCAUUUCUUCUCUCAAAACCACAGCCCAAAGUUGUCAUCACCAGAAAUUGCUGUGGUAUUUAAGAGGUGCUUGAAUUUUAGCUCCUUAAUCCCUGUAUUUCACUUCUGGGGUCACCAUGGCCACUCAGUCCCCCACUCCCUCCCGUGUAGGUACAGCCUAGGGGACAGAUCCAGGCUGAGUUAAGGGGCAGAAGUAUGCCUGUGGCCAGGCUAAGAUGGCCAGGUUCACAGUUCAUAGAGUUGCUAUGUUCAUAGUUCAUGCUGAACAGGAAGGACAGAUUGGCAUACGUAGCUGGAGAGCCAUCUCCUUCCUUCUUCUGAGGCUAUUAAACGUCACAUCUAGGGCUGUUUCCCCAAAUACAACAUUCUAGUCAGCAUUUUGAUUCCCAUGUCACCUGUAAAGCAGUUUUCCUCACUCUUGUGAACACUAAAUAUCCUUAUCAGCUCUGAGAUAGGAUUUCCUUCUUUAUAGUAUGUGCCAGCCCAAGUUAAUUGCUUGGAACCCAACAACCUAAAAAUAAAAUUAAGAUAGUCAUGAAAAUGGGUACACUUCUCACUUAGGAACAAAAUAUGGAUUGUCAGUCUAAAGUUGCUUUAAAAGUCUUGUUUAAAGAACAACAGACUCAAGUAAAAAUUCUGAGAGACUGCUCCCCAGAAGAAGGGAAUAAGAGUUCAUGGUCGUAUUUCUCAUCUCCACACCAUAUCCAGGACAGGAAUUUUUCUGAAGCUUUUUUUCUUUGAAUGGUACGUUUUACACAAAUGUUUUUCUAUCAGAUUUAAGCAUUUUGAAGUGUCCCAAUGAUAAGAACAUUGUAAAACAAGAAUCUAAUUAAAGAGUAAUAUAUGGUAUAUUUGUGUUCCAGUCGUAAUACUUUGAUAAGUGAAUUUCUUAGGACAAAUUAUAUGUUUAAAUCUGUCACUCUUAAAAUGUUGCAUGUCUGACAUUGCUUCUACGAGCCUAAAUUUUUCAUUGCGGUUAGUGACUAUGCAAGGAUUUCUGAAUAAAAAUCUAUUGCUGGUCCUUGAAAUAAUGUGGUUUUCAAGAGUAAACAGUAGAAUAUGAGGUUUUCCACAUCUGAGUUGAGAAUGUUACUGUCUGCCAAACUGAUACAAUGCUUCAAUGUGCCUUAAUAAUCUUUUAGUUCCUUGCUAUACAUUUUGAUAAUUUUGAUAGGAAGUUAAUAACAUUUUACAAAAAGUAGGUUAUAAACCAGUGUUUUUACUGUUUCAUUUGAUGUCUCUGGCAUCAGCUUUCCGGGUUAGUGGGGUCUUUUGAUGAAAUAUGCAGUUGACAGUUCUAAGCACAGUAAGUGCUUAUUUUAGAAUAUUAUUUGGAGUGUUAUCUGCAGGUAUUUAUUUUCUUCUGGAACAUCUACUGUGAAGCAUUCAGGAAGCCCCAGAAUUUGGUCUUUAAAAUACUUUCACAGGAUGAAGACAGAAGCUAGACCUGUGCUACCUUAGAAACUUCCAGAAAGGGCAAUGUCUGACUAGAAACACAGAAGAGGGAGGGUGUCAUGGGCUCACUGACACUGAGUGACAAUGUGGCAUGGCCCGAUUUUCUGUGAAGCUUUCAUCAGAAGAAUAAAACAGUUACUUCCAAUAGAUUGACAGGUUCACAGUGUUAAGAAAAUUUAAAUGUAUAUACAGUGCAACCACAUAUAAUUAAACUGGAGGUCAGCUGCAACUUGUCAAGAACAGGUUUAUUAUUUGAGAUUUGCACAAAUUGAAACAGGAAUUACUAUUGUAAAUUUAUUUUUUAAAAAAAGGAAAAUUUAUUUGGAGAAUUAGUUCCCAUGAUUAAGACAGUGGAGAAGUCUCCCAGUGAGGCAGGCAUUUGGCUUAGGGGUUAGGAUGUGACUUGGGAUUGUCAUGUCCCACACUGGCGUGCCUGGGUUUGAAUCCAGCUCUGCUCCUGAGUCUAGCUAAUUCCCGGGAGGCAACAGGCAAUGGCUCAAAUAGUUGGAUCUCUACCACUUACAUGGAAGACCCCAACUGAGUUUUGGGCUCCUGGCUUUAACUUGGUCCAGCCACAGCUGUUUCAGGCAUUUGGGGAGUAGACUAGCAAAUGGAAAAGUCUCUGCUACUCUGCCUUUCAAAUAAACAAACACAUCUUAAAGAAUUUCUCUCUUCUAGUCCUGCAAUGGCUAGAAAAAGGCCAAAGCUAGGAGCCUGGAACUCCCUCCAGAUCUCCGACAUGGGUGUGGAGGGGCCCAAGUACUGGGCCAUCUUCUGCUGUUUGUUAAUGGAGUGGAUAGGACUAGAACCAGUGCUUCCAUAUGGGAUGCUGGUGUUGCAAGUAGAGGCUUAACCUGUGCUCAACACAGGCCCUAGAGAGAGAAUUUUUAAGAAGUCACAUGAUAGGUCAUCUAGAGGUUGGAGACUGGGAUGCCAGGAAAACGUUAGUCCAAUGCUGAAGGCCACAGAAUCAGGGAAGAUGAAGGUGCAACUCAGUACAAGGCUGAAAGCCUGAUGCUGCGCUAGGGGGAUGCUGGUGUAAGUCCUGGAGCCUAAAAGCCAGCCAGCCUUGAGUUCUUAUGUCUGAAUCUGUUUUAUGUUGAACUCAUCUGGACAUAAAUUGAGAAUAUGUUCCCCUGCAAAGUUUUAUGUGGAAUAAGCUCAAGCUAUCCCUUUCCAAUUUAAAAUUAAAAAAUAAUUCUAAAUUGUAAGAGGCUCUUUUUUGAGCUGAGAUAGCUAAUAUACCAUACUGUCUACAAUUACUUACAGAAAAUUGAAAAAAAUCAGAAGGCCCAGCUUAAAAGUUUGUGUGUUUGGGGGGGAUAGGUGGAUGGGAAGAUUUUAAAGGGCAUCUCAAGGCAUUCUGGGAUGGUUAAAGGGGUAUCUUUUCUGUAUGUCAGGCAGUUCCCAAAUAAAAUACCAGCUCUUAGAGUUGACCUGUAUAUUGAACUGUGAUAUUGUUUUAUUUUUUUAGAUUUAUUUUAUUUGAAAGGCAGAGUUACAGAGAGGGAGAGACAGAUACGGGGGUGGGGGGAGGUCUUCCAUCUACCAGUUCACUCCUCAAAUAGCCACAAUGGCCGGAGCUGAGAUGAUCUCAAGCCAGGAGCUUCUUCUGGGUCUCCCAUGUGGGUGCAGGGGCCCAAGGACUUGGGCCAUCUUCCACUGCUUUCCCAGGCCACAGCAGAGAGCUGGAUCAGAAGUGGAGCAGCCGGAAAGUGGAGCAACUGGCACAUAUAUGGGAUUGUGGCAUGGCAGGUGGCAGCUUUAACUGCUACGCCACAGUAAUGGCCCCAAUAUAGUAUUAUUUACCUUUAUAAACAGUACUCCCAGUGAGAGAGAGGUCACAUUCCUAACUCGUCCCCCUAAUGCUUACUUAAGGCAGAGGGAGCCUGGAAGGUAAGCAACAAUAGUCCAAACCAAGUUGCUGUAUUCUUUUCUCCAAGGAUCUGCAGGCAGCUUUUCUCCCUACUGCACCCUGGUGGUGAGAAAAGAGGAUGCACUCUCCCUGUGCCAGUCAGUAGCUGACUCAGGGAGCAGCUUAAGUCAGACUGGUCAGUGUUUCAUGGGAAGUAAAUAUCCCAGAAGUAUCCCAGCACUUGCUGUAGAAACUUGAGUGGUGUGUGGGAGAACGGGACUUAAUGAUGAACUGAGCGGGGAUGCAGGCGGGCAUGAAGGAAGGUGAACUGGCAAAACAGCAUUCUGCCUCUCCUACUGCCACUUGCACCAGCCUCCCUGGGAAUGUCAGUGGCUUGGGAGGGGAAGAGUUGGGCCCAGAAGGAGGUCUAGGGUCUGCAGCCCCCAGCUGAGGGAGCAGCAGUUCCAAGGCAAAUACUAAGUGAAAGAGUAUUUCUAGCUCACAUACAUGUGAAUUAAGGUCUGCAUGCACGCGGUAUUUCCAAAAAUGUUAAAAUUAUCCAUAUAAUUUGAAAAGUUAAAAUAGGCCAGGGCUGUGAUAUAGUAGGCUAAGCCUCCACCUGUGGUUCAUAUCCCAACUGCUCCUUUUCCGAUCCAGCUCUCUGCUAUGGCCUGGGAAAACAGUGGAAGAUGGCCCAAGUGCGUGGGUCCUUGUACCUGCGUGGGAGACCCAGAAGCUGCUCCUGGCUCCUGGGUUUGGAUCAGCCAGCUCUGGCCAUUGGAGCCAUUUGGGGAAUGAAACAGCGGAUGGAAGACCUUUCUUUGUCUCUCCCUCUCUCUGUAACUCUACAUCUCAAAUAAUUAGAAACUUUUUAAAAAAAAGUUAAAAUAUUAAAUUUUUAAAAAUCUAGAGUACAUUAUUUUGAUUGGUAAAGAAAGGGAAUAUUAAUAAUAUACUUGGAAUUUAUGCUUUGAUAAUAUAAGUACAAAUAUAAGAUAAGAAAGGAAUCACUGAACUUCUAACUAUAGAACUUAGGGCUGACAGACUGUUCCAGAUCUCUGGAAAUGACUUAUUAGGUAGAUAAAUGUUUUUAUCAUUACUCCCUAACUGCCAUUAAAUGAUUUUGUGAUGUGUCAAAUGAAAGGACCAUUUAAUAUCAGUGAAAUGCCUUGGCUUGAAUCUACAGUACAGUGUAGCUGCACUGCCUAUAGCAAUUUACAAAUAGCCUGAUUUCAGUAUAAUAGCUCUGCAAUUUUAACUGAAUUAGAAGGUGGUUUUUAAAAUGUAGCAAAAUAAUACUUUCUUUUUUUUCAGCUGUCAAGCAUGAAUACUAUUGGCAGUUAAGUGUGCAUGUGUAUUUUAAAUUUACACUCUAAAAAUCUAGUGAAGUAAGCAUAUACAUUGCGCUUAGAAGCAGAUCUAUGCUGCCAGAGAUAUUCACAUGGUUGACUUAUUAUCUGGAUUAGCCAGAAUAUGAAUCUGUGAGGCCUGAGUUUUGGGGUUAGGCUGAUGAGAGACUAGUACUUAUUUAAUGGUGACCUGCUUUCCACUACCAGCUUCUUACUCAUCAGCUGGGAAAAACAAAUUAAUGAGGCAUAUAAGGUUAGCCACUCAUUUCAUUAGAUGCAAAUAUUGCAGGUCGGACUGCUAUCAUAUGCUAAGAGACUAUCCAAUUUUAUUCUGGAAGUUUAUUAGAAGUCACUUGAAAUUAAUGGACCACUAAGACAAAUCUGUUACCCAUGGUAAUAUUUUUGAAAUGUAAUUUAAUCUUAAUUAAGUGUCCUGAAAAGGUUUUGUAUUUUGUUGGAGCAAUACCAGUAUAACACUGUUCAAUCCAACAAACAGCUUAAGAAAAGCAAAUAUUCUUCUGAGUAUUUUUAAAACAGAAUAAAAACAAGUUUAAAAAUAAUACAAAAUCCUUAAACCUAAUGUGAGAGCCAGCGCCGCGGCUCACUAGGCUAAUCCUCCGCCUUGUGGCACCGGCACACCGGGUUCUAGUCCCAGUCGGGGCGCCGGAUUCUGUCCCGGUUGCCCCUCUUCCAGGCCAGCUCUCUGCUAUGGUCCGGGAGUGCAGUGGAGGAUGGCCCAGGUGCUUGGGCCCUGCACCCCAUGGGAGACCAGGAUAAGCACCUGGCUCCUGCCAUCGGAUCAGCGUGGUGCGCCGGCCGCGGUGGCCAUUGGAGGGUGAACCAACGGCAAAGGAAGACCUUUCUGUCUCUCUCUCACUGUCCACUCUGCCUGUCAAAAAAAAAAAAAAAAAAAAAAAAACCACACACACACACAAAACAAAAAAACAACAAAAAACCCUAAUGUGAGUCCAACCAAAAGAUAAAAGAAAAAUGUUCAAUAUUUUGCGACCACUCUUGAUUGGUGGAACAAUACAGGUACUGUAGAAAUAGUUAUAUAGGGAUGAUUCUUAAUGUUUUUGAAAACUGUUAGUAUGAUGCACUUAAGCCCUCUUAUUUUUUUUCAAAUCCCAAAUUAAAGAUAAGCAGCUUAACUUCUAGAAUUAAGCUAUCACAUAUUGAUCAGUAUAUUCAAUUUCUAAGCAACACAUUGAAAAGGAGAGGAAAAUAGCAGUAUUUAUCAACAUAUCAAGCCAAACUUUACAGAUUGACUGGCACCGAGCUGAUACAUGAUUUCUUACAGCUGUGGAGACUGGAAAGUCCAAGGUUAAGGGCCCCCAUCUGUGAGGGCCUUCUUGCUGCAGCACCCCAUGCAGGAGGGUGAGUGGGGGAGGGAGAGGAAGAGGCAGUGCAAGUACAAAACAGGGCUGAAAUGGCUUUAACUCUUGCAAUAAGGAACACAUUCCCAAGAUAGUGACAUCAAUUAAUUACUUAAGGUCCCACCCCCAAAUACUACCACCAUGCUGGGGAUUAAGUUCCCAGCAUAUGAACUUUGGGGGACACAUUUAAACCAUAUUACUAAGUCAAUAUUUUCCAUGAAUAUCUGUUGUACUUAACAGAGGGAAAUAUUCUGACUUAUUACAAAGCUCUACAACUCGGAUGAAGGAAGAAUUACAUAGUAAAAAAUCAAAUUUGCUGUAUAUUUCUGUGCUGUAUUAUUAAAAAGGAAGCAUUCCAAGCCACAUCUAUAGUAAACUUAGCAAAACAGAGAAGGGGACAAGCAUUUAGCCUAACCAGUUAAGACCCUCAAAUUCCGCAUCAGAGUACCUGGAUUUGUUUCCUGGCUGGAGCUCCUGAUCCCAGCUUCCUGCUAAUGCAGACCCUGGUGAUUGGCAUUGGUGAUGGCUCAAGUAACUGGAUUCCAGGCUCCCAUGUGGAGACCUGGAUUGAGUUCCUGGCUCCAGCCCCGACCCAUUCCAGACCACUGCAGGCACCUGGGAAGUGAACCAGUCGAUGGGAGCUUGCUCUGUUUCUGGUCUGCCUUUCAAAUAAGUAAAAAUAAAAAUAUAGCAAGUCUACUUAAAUACAAAUUCCAACAGAGGUUAAUAUGAUUUAAAAUGCUUAACAAGCCUAAAACAAAACCUUGGGGAAAAGUUAAAUAUUUUUUCUUGGGAGAUUGCUGUAUGAUUAAAGCAAUGCACCUUAUAAAAAUGGUAGUAUUAUUGUCUAUUUUCUAGUUCAAAGAGGAAUUUUGUGUUACUGUCUGGUGAUCAAUAAGAUAAAGAUUAUUAUCAGAAGAACUUAAUUCUUCUAAACUGUUACUGGUUUAUAAGAGUGUACAUUUUAUGGGUAAGAAGUUUGAAUGGCUGAAUGUAAUACAUGUGAAAUGAAUAUAUUAUCAUUUAUUUUUUCCAUGAAAAUAAAUAUUCAAAGCAAGAUAUCUGUGUGAAUUUAACAGUGCAAUUAAAGCUAUUUCACAUCUUU